AUGCCAGAACCACCGCUAAUGGGUAACCUACCGCAACAGCGUGUCGCAUUUGCUCAGCGUGCCUUCUCGUUCACAGGUAUCGAUUAUUUCGGCCCGUUCUUAGUGUCCGUCGGUCGCAGAGUCGAGAAACGGUGGGGAGUUUUACUUACCUGCCUCACGUCGAGAGCCAUCCAUCUCGAGAUAGCGGCAUCCCUCACCACAGCGUCAUGCAUACUGGCGAUUCGACGUUUCAUCGCUCGACGCGGUAUGCCACUGGAGAUAUUCAGCGAUCGCGGUACAAACUUCGUCGGGGCCUCGCGAGAACUGAAGGAAGCGUUGGAGGAGGUUGACCACGACGCGUUGAUAACGGAAUUUUGUGGCCCGCGAAUGAAAUGGACGUUCAAUCCACCUGGCGCGCCUCACUUCGGCGGCUGCUGGGAGCGCAUGGUGCGCUCCGUGAAGAAGGUGUUGAACCAAUGUGUAUUCCCCAAACGCCCUACGGAUGAAGUACUCCUUUCAACCUUCACGGAAAUCGAGCUAAUCGUUAAUUCGAGACCACUUACCUACGUGCCAUUGGAAGAUGAAACGGCCGAGCCUUUAACGCCGAACCACCUGCUCCUCGGGAGCUCUGAUGGGAGCAAACCGCCAGCCGUUUACUGCGACAGUCCCGCAGCCUUGAGAUCAUCGUGGAGAGCAGCACAACAGGCAGCGGACUUAUUCUGGAAGAAAUGGGUUUCCGAAUACUUACCUACUCUUACUCGUCGGACCAAGUGGUUCGAACCGGUACGGCCAAUCGAGAUAGGGAAUGUGGUAGUGAUAGCGGAUAACAAUUUGCCUAGGAAUUGUUGGCCAAGAGGACGUAUUGUAUCGGUUGUCCCUGGCAAGGAUGGACAAGUCAGACAGGCGACAAUUGAAACCACCAGCGGAACGUACGUAAGACCUGCACACCAAAUAGCAGUCUUGGACGUUACAGCCUAG